CCGGGAGCGAGCGGCGCCAGCAGCACGGGAGGACCCCGCCGCGGCCGAGCCCGCCCUGCCCGGCGCAGGGGAGCACACGGCAAGCCACGCCGAGCACCGGUUGUCAGCCAGCCCCAUCGCCCCGGGAACCGGCGAGGCCGGGGGCCGCGCCGCGGGGUCCCGCCGAUCCCCGCCAUUGGCCUCCAGCGGCGGGGAGGAGGCGGGGAGGCCGCGCCCGCCCUCCCGCCGCCCGGCCAAGUUUAAACACCGCCCCCCCCCGGAGCCCAGCCUAGCCGAGCCGAGCCCAGCCGGGCGGAGUUGGCGGAGCCGCGGGCCGUGUGCGGGGCCGCCGGGGGAGCCGAGCGCCCCGCCGCCGCCUAUGCGGGCGCCGCGGGUCCGGACGAGCCAUGGACGGCGGCGGCGGCGGGGCGCCGCCCGCCCUGGAGAAGAACGCGGCGGAGCUGACGGUGAUGGACGUGUACGAUAUCGCCUCGGCCGUGGGGCAGGAGUUUGAGCGGGUGAUCGAUCAGCACGGCUGCGAGGCCAUCGCCCGCCUCAUGCCCAAGGUGGUGCGGGUGCUGGAGAUCCUGGAGGUGCUCGUGAGCCGCAACCACAUCAACCCCGAGAUGGAGGAGCUGCGCCUGGAGCUCGACCGCCUGCGCCUGGAGAGGAUGGACCGCAUCGAGAAGGAGCGGAAGCACCAGAAGGAAUUAGAACUGGUGGAGGAUGUCUGGAGAGGGGAAGCACAGGACCUCCUUACCCAAAUUGCACAGCUGCAGGAGGAGAAUAAACAACUGAUGACAAACUUGUCUCACAAAGACAUUAAUUUCACAGAAGAGGAAUUUCAGAAGCAUGAAGGAAUGUCAGAGAGAGAGCGGCAAGUCAUGAAGAAGCUGAAGGAAGUGGUAGAUAAACAGAGGGAUGAAAUCAGAGCAAAGGACCGGGAGCUCGGACUUAAAAAUGAGGAUGUAGAGGCUCUUCAGCAGCAACAGAACAGGUUAAUGAAAAUUAACCAUGACCUGCGGCACAGGAUCACUGUUGUUGAGGCUCAGGGGAAGGCACUGAUUGAGCAGAAGGUGGAGUUAGAAGCAUAUCUGCAAACCAAGGAGCAGGAGAUGGGCAACCUGCGAGCAGAGCUGGGGAAACUGAGAGAAAAACUGCAGGGUGAGGACAGCCAAAAUGAGGAGGAAGUAAAGACAGAACCAAACAAUGAUGACUGCCUCUCGGAGUCAGAAAAGAUGGCAAUGGACUUAAAAGAUCCGAAUCGUCCAAGAUUCACCUUGCAGGAGCUCCGGGAUGUCCUUCAUGAGAGGAAUGAAUUGAAAUCCAAAGUGUUUUUACUUCAAGAGGAGCUUUUAUAUUACAAAAGUGAGGAAACAGAAGAAGAAACUAGAACCCCUCAACCUACACCCAUAAUUCAGUCAAAACCCUCAACUCAGCCUGAAUCUGGAAUCAAACGACUGUUUAGUUUCUUCUCUCGUGAUAAGAAACGCAUGCAGGCAUCACAGAAAAACGUUCACUUCCAGGAUACUUUUGGAGAAUGGUCAAAUUCAAAUAAAGAUGACUCCUACACCGAACAAGGACAAGAAGCCCUGCAGCACCUGUGACUGAAACCUCGAGGUGUUCAGUUUACCGCAGUAGAUCUCGACAGUCUCGUAACAAGAAGCUUCUGUAAACAAAUCCGGCAGCUCAUCACUUUUAUUUGCCUUGCACACCUCAGCGGUUGUGUUUCAGAUAUACUCUUCAAAAGGGAUCCCUCACUGUUUACUUGGUGGCUGUUCGCUGAAAACAGAAUCCAAGCUUUGUAGUAACAGUUGCUGAUACCCUCGGACAUGGAAGCUUCUAGAUGACUUGUUUUGUGCUGAAUAACAAGUCUAUGGUCUUGUUCAUGCAUUAACUACAGUAACACAAGCUUCUUUAAACCAAAAAAAAGGACCUGUGCCAUUAUUAGACGUUUGUUUGCAGUGUACAAUAUCUAGUAGCAAAGACACUUUUACCCUGUUAACACUAUCAGUUGUUUGCUUUUUAUUUCUGUAAAAAUUACUUCAAGAGGGAUACGACAGCUGGCCGCUCUCCACGGCUUAGCACUGCUGUGUCCUGUCAUGUUCAGCUGGCAUCUGCAUUUUGCAGAGUAACCACUUGGAAAUCCACCUGAUACAAACUGAUAAACUGGAGUAGCCUUGAGAGGGAUAGUGAGCGUGCAUUUCCCUUGCUGCUUAUAGUGCCUAAAGCAUGAAGAAACCCAUGUAUGAGGUGAGCGUGCCUUGCAUUUUGCCAUGAGUUCUGCAGUACUAAUGGAAAACAAAAUUGCUUCCAAGGAUUCAAUUCUAACACUUGAAUUUUUUCCCUCUUACUGGGGACUUCCCCCUGAAGCAGCAGACAGCUGCUGUAAAGGAAUUAGGUCUCUUUCCCACAGACAGGUUUUUAAUUAAGUCACACUCCACUUUUCUGUCUAGGUAAGACUGCCUCACUUCAGAGUGAAAGACAUCCUCAGCUAGCUGACGUGAACUAUUUUAACUGACUCAGAGAUGACCCCAACUCAGAACAUUUUCUCUGACUAGUGUAAACACUACUUGGGCAGAGCAGGUGAAUUAUUUAUGUGCAGGUGGCACCGCUAGCAAUGGUGAUGUUUGGGUAGCCUGCAGUUAAAGGGGCACAGCUGAGCUGCCGGGAGGGGGGAUUUAGAUCUGCUUUACAAUGGAGUUUGUAAGACCUCAGUUGUAUUUACAGAAACCAGAACACUAAAGCCCAAUGAAGCGUAACUGUUGCGUACAGCCAGUGUUGGCGCACACCCUGCCUCUGCACCACGCGCUCCACGAAGGCACCUAUCCAGGCAGGAGAGGGCGAGUGCGCCGGUGGCUCCUUGUGAGGGAGGUGCUGAGGUCUUUCUGUGAACAUGGCUGUAUGCUGGGAGAGCCCGUGCUGGAGCGCCCUGCUGCUGGCCAGGAGCAUCUGGUGACCACGAGGCCAUAGGCAACUUCUGUGCUUGUAGUUUAGCGCAGGGGGCUGUGAGCUGCUGUUGGCACCCCACCCCCAGGUGGGGUGCCUCCUCUGCUUGCUCGGAGGAGAGCCUCUUCUCAGGAGUGGCGCUAGGGACACAAAGCAGUGCUCGGGCUGGAGUAAAGCUCCAACUCCUCCAGGUACUGAAUGGAGACGUUUCAAAGGACUCCGAGAUGAGAGCGAGCCAGAGGGCUUAGUGCAGGCCAGUUGUCUUUAAUACAGGGAGAUCCAAGACUCUGGAUUCUUUAAUGUGUAGGAGCAGCAAAUGGUGGUUAGCCCGUCUGUGGCAAAAGCAUGCCAGGAAACCAUUCUUUGCAAUGGUGGGCUGAAUGUUGCUCUGCUCCUGGCUGUAACUGUGCUUCAUUUUGAACACAGACCUUCCGCACGUUCUAGAUAGGGAAGGUGUUUACUGUGUCUCCCUAGUGUCAUUGCUGUUUGGGGCAAGGGGGAUAUGUGGCCUUACGUGAAAGAUCUGCAUUUGAAAUAGUGACGGUAGUGCCUGAUGCUAGUAUUAGGCAGAUACGUUUUUGCCUGGUUACGUUUUGGUAACAUAUCUUAAGUUUUAUGCUUACAGAAAGCUGUAUCCAUAAAACAGCAGCGCUUCCCCCCACUGUGUGAAAAGCAAUUUUUAAAUGGGGGGGAGUGUUUUAAUUUAAUGAUACUUAAGUUGCUAAGAUCUCAAUUUCACUUCCAUAUUAGAAAAAAAAAGUACACUACAGUUAUAUCAGGCAGUUAAAGUAAAUUGUGAAUGAUGCCCGCUGAGUUUCUCCCUAGCAGAGUUUACUGUCAUUCAGCACAUUCAAGAGACGCAGUGAUCAGAAACAAUGCAAGAACGCAGCGGAUGCAUGGCCUGAAUAAGCACAUCACUUUUGAAAUGGGCUGAGAGCAAUGAACUGGGAUAACAGAAAUACAGACUGAACUGUUUUUCCCCAGCACCUAAGCUGGUGCGUUACCAAGGACACCUCCCAGGCUAGUGCACAUAAAGCUCGUCCUCUUCGCCAGAGCCCAGCACACUGUUGUCGGGUCAAAUCUGUGGCCAGUCUCACACAAUGGCACGAAGCAGUACAACCUUCCCCCACUCAUCUCUGUGGCCCAUUACCUCAAAAAUCUAAUUAAUUACUCCUGACCUACUAGCAUUAACCACUACGCUCCUCAUUCUCAUGCUAGAAAUGCUGCGUUUAUACACUCCAAGUGCCAUCGGAAAGGAUGGUGAGUAGGGAAGAGUAAGUAAAGAUUUGAAGAUCUGUCAUGUAUUGUUUCUUAAUAUUCAAGUAAAAUCGGCUUUUAGAAAAGGGGCCAGGAUGUCGUGAGGUGAGGGGCAUAACAAUCCUGUCUGCGAAGUGCAGGAUCACUGAAGUUUUUUUGGGUUGGUUUUUGGGGUUUUUUUUUGUUUGGUUGGGCAGUAAAUCAUUUUAACGAUUUAAUAAAUAUUUCAGAAAAAUAAGUA